UUGUCAGCAGCAGCGGUCCUCUCCUCCAUUUCGCUGCGUAAAGUCUCCUCCCCGCGACCGCUACAUUCUGCGCCGAAAGCCCAGUCUCUCGCGGUCCGUAUUUUAACUUCUUCCCACAGACCUAGUGGUACCUCGUUGGGUACCGGGAGACAGUUUGGAUUACUGGCUAUACGGAUUGAGUGCGAUUUUACGCGGAUGACGACUCCUUCAACGAGAAUUUAGUAAAAGAAAAUCGCUCGGAAAUUUCAGAAUAUGUGGAGGGGACCCUAAUUUCAGCAUCCUGGAAGUAGAAAGCACAGAAGAUCUGUGUCUCACACCACAGACAGGUGCAGUGUGUAGCCGGGGCAGCACAGAGGAAGGAAGCUCUGGGGAGGAGGCGGUGCGGCAGCGUGCCUCUCCGGCUGUGGAUGUGCUGGGUGGCAACCCCCAGGCUGCACAGAAUGUGGCUGGGGAGUCACCUCAGCAUGCCCCGCAGCCGGUCGCAGCUGCCCCCCGCCCAGUCCCUCCGUUCGCCUGUCUGUCCACUGUGCCAUUGCCGCAGAGCAACGACUCAGCAUUCCUCGGCAUGGAGAACGCCCCUCAGACCAACUUGCCUGAGACUCUCCCGAUCAGGAGCGACUCUAAGGACAGCAUCUCAGAAAAAGUCCACGCCGAGGAGAGCGUUGCCGAAGUUGUCGGAGUUUCGAGAUCCCUGCCAACAUCCCUCAAUGAGGACUGCAGUUCCUCCGCUGAGAUGCAAAGGCUUCCAGCUCCUCUUUGUCCCCCGCUCGCCCCUGAUACACAGAUUGACAGCACAGUGCAAGAGUUGCAAUACGGGUCACAAACUGAUAAAGAGAAAAGCCACUCAAAUAGUAAGACGAACCAGAUUCAGCCACCUAGAGGAGGGGCUGGACUUGUUGUUAUUACGGGGACAAAGGAGAAACAGUCCGUCACAUUGGAAUAUAAACCAGAGACUGGAACAAACACGGAACUUGGUGGAAAAGAGCACACAGGCGGAAAUAUUCUCCUUAAACCCCGAUCUCAAAUCUGUUUCACAGCCUCAUCUCCAUCUGUCCCACAAUCAAGUGUUAGUUUUAAAGUCCAAGACGCCACAGAACACGGGGCUAUGGAGCCGUCUGACAGGGACCCGCUUAUCCUCGCAAAUCAAGGCAGCCAUAUACCUCCGCCAGGUGCUGCGGUGCAGGCAGGUGGUCACCAGGACUCUAAAUCGUCUCCGCUCCCUUUACCCUCAUCUGGCAACAGUGAGAUUAAACAAACUGACCUGUCAAAACCUCAGACCAUCAAAGAGAUCUCAACUGAUGUCAGAGAAAUACAGAAAGAGAACUCUUUGGAAUCAGUUGAGCACGUUAAAGAGCUUGUUGACACUUCUCACAAAGAAAGACAACUUCCAUCAGCUGACAUACUUGAUACCCCAAAAGCGAGAGAAUCGCCUCCUGGAUUAUUCACUUCUGCCGGAAAAGGAAGCUCAGCGACCAGCAGAGAAGAUGGAAACAUCCAGAGGAGCUGCGAUCCACUCGAAGGAGAGCAGGUGGAGAGUAGCGUGAGAGAAGAACAAACUGACACCUCCUCAUCUGACGUCACGAUGCUGCCAGAGUGCUCUUCCUCGCAGGAGAGUUCCUCAAAACCCUCUGCUGCACCACAUCUGUUUGACACCAGCCUGGUUGUCUCACUGCAGACGGAGCAGGUUGCUGAAGCAGAAACAUCUCAUCCCCCUGACCAAGUCCCCACAACGGAGACGCCGCUGACCGCUGAGCUUGUGCAUUCAGCCGAAGCUCAAGAAAUUGUCGUUGUCAGAGAGGAGGCUCAUAUCAGCGGGGACUGGUCGAACAUGCACCUGAAUCAGAGUUACCUCCUACAACGAGAAGACGGCAGCGUCUGUGAAGCUGCCAUUGUAAACGAGCUGAGUUCUGAACUCUCUACCGGGGAACCAAAGCUGUAUGAAGAAAGUGUUCAGGCAGAUAUUGAGUUGCACUCGCAGCCAGUAGAAGUGUAUGAGUUUUGCACCCUGGUUGAGGAGGUUGCUGAGGAGACUGUCUGUGCCAGUAGUAGUGCACAGAUCCCUCACUCUCCAGGAUAUGAGGUGAACUUAUUCAACGCGUUACUCGAUCACACUGACGUCUACACCGUCAAAGUGGACCUUGAAACAACUAUUCACACAAUAAAUGAAAGUGACACUGUCUUUAUUUCCCAGCAGCCCUUGCCUUCAUCGCAUGAUGCAAAUCAAACACAGGCUAGCAGCGAUUCCCAUAAUUUGUCCACACAAAACACGAAGUCUGCAGCUGUCGGGCAACAUUUGGUAUUAGAUGCUAACCAAGCCGUUGAAGUGGAUAACUCAAGUGAGGUUUGUUUAGUUGAAGUAGCUGCUGUUACGUCUGACUCAUUCGCUGUUGAACAGAUGGACACCAGUCCACAAAUCGUGACACCUUGCUCACAGGUCAAUGCAGCCCUCUUGGACCAAACAGAGGUGAGUGAUUCUCCUGUAGUUGAAAUGAUUCCCCCAAAACAGGAAGCAGGAGCGACAGCUGGUGCACUAUCUCUCAUAUCCCCGGUGGUCACUGGUGAGGACACAGGGAUGGAAUCAUCUGUUGCUGUUUCAGUACAGCCCUCUCUAAAUCAGACUGUUGUAAGUGCCACAAAACGUGAGGCCUGUGUUUCUUCUCCACAUGAAGGGACCAAAGAAACCCCUGCUUUGACAGAGACUCCAUCACAGAGCGUCCAGAAUGUUGCUGUGCCUACAGAAACCAAACCGAAGGCUAUCUGCAUCACUCGCUCCUCUGGCAUUAUAAAUCCAAAGCUGCUCCUUCUUAAACCGGGAGAAACUCCCCUCCUGAAACACCCACCCUCCCUUUUGGCAAAGGUGUCCAAGCAACAGAAUGCGGCCGGCGAGCUGGCCAAUGCCCACAGCUCUCGGUCUGGCACAGCGUCUGAGGAGUGCCUUCCCCAAACUGUCUCGGACUCUUUAUGUGCGUCUGUGGCUCUUAGCGGCCAGAAAGAUCAGACGCAGUGCUCCGUCAAUAAAACUUCUGUGUCAGCAGCUCCGCCUGGCGAGGUGCGGCAGCCCACUAUGAGCGGUAACUCACUUCAACUUGACCAGACUGCAUCUGUCACCCUCACAACCUCCACAAACAAAUCUGACAAAGAGGCCUUAAAUGUUACUAAAACUUCAAGCGAAGCCGAGUCCUUGUCACAAGACGGCGUCGCCCCUACAGAUGCUACGAAGCCUAACGCCCUUUACGUGCUCUCAGCAUCAGGGGAAAGGGAAGACGCAGUCAUGGCAUCUACCAGCCAACCGGACUCCCUCUAUGUGGAGGAAGAGAGCGAGGACAUGGAGCAGGACGAAGCAACGGGAGAAACUGAGGCCCAAGAGGCCACCUCAGGACAGGUCAGCAGUCCAGAGGAGGGCAGCGAUGAAGAACCAGACGCCGACAAAACAGAAAGCGAAAUGACCACCCCCAGCUCUACAAAUAAGCAUGGACAGAGCAGGACAGACAGAAAGGCAGUGUUCCUCAAGGUGCGCCAGUGGAUAGCAGACAGGGUCACUGCGAAUUCAUCUCCCGUCUCGCCCUCCACCUCCUCCUCUUGCCCCGGUCCCUCACAGGCCGGCGAUUGGUCGGCCCUGCGACGGGAUAAGUCCUCACCUCUCCGCGGUCCUCAUGGGAAGUUUGUUUCUCCUGGCACAACCGGCGGCUACAGUUCCACCUCUUCCCCACCAGAACAGCCCGCCCCUCCGCGACCCCGCGGAGAGCGCCACACAGACAUGGCAGAGCUGGCGAAACAUGAAGCGGACAUCGAGCAUCGGACCCAGACGCUGAGGCGAGAGGGCUUCUGGUCAACGAAGCGUCUCACCCGCCUGACGGAGCCGCCGCGACCCAAAGUUCACUGGGACUACCUGUGUGAGGAGAUGCAGUGGCUCUCUGCUGACUUUGCUCAAGAGAGGCGGUGGAAGAGAGGGGUGGCUAGAAAGGUGGUGCGAAUGGUGAUGAGACACCACGAGGAUCUGAGACAGAAAGAAGAAAAGGCCAAGAGAGAUGAGCACUCUAAAAUCAGAAGAGUUGCCUCUUCUAUCGCGAAGGAGGUCCGGGCUUUCUGGAGCAGCGUGGAGAAGGUGGUGCAGUACAAACAGCAGUCCAGACUGGAGGAGAAGAGGAAGAAGGCUUUGGACCUUCAGCUGGACUUCAUUGUCGGCCAGACGGAGAAAUACUCCGACCUCCUCAGCAAGUCACUCGCACCGUCCAGGCCUGCUGAACCUGAACCUGAACCGGUCCCUCAGACUCCCAAUAAAUCUGUGCCAUCUGCCACUGAUGAGGAUGACCGAGACUUUGAGCCUCCCUGUGAAGAGGAGGAUGACGAGGCGACCAUAGAGGUGGAGGAGCAGCAGGAGGGCAAUGACGCUGAGAGCCAUAGGAGGGAGAUUGAACUGCUGAAGGAGGAGGGCAUGCUGCCCCUGGACCAAUUACUCAGCACCCUCAAACUGCCACAGGAGUCGGGCUCAGAUGAAGAGUGCUCUGAUGAAACCUCUUCAUCGGUGGAGGAGGAAGACGGCGAAUUCACUGCCAACGAAGAGGAUGCUGAGGAUGAGGAGGACACCAUAGCUGACCAGGAGAAGGUAGAGGGAAAUGUGAAUCACGCAGAGGAGCUUGAUGACUUGGCCAAAGAAGGCGACAUGAGUGUUGAGGAGCUGCUCGAGAAGUACAAAGGAGCGUACGCCUCAGACUAUGAGGCGCCGUCUGCGUCUGGCUCUAAAGAAAGUUCUGAUUCGGAGGUGUCUGGGGAUGAGGAGGAGGAGACCGAAGAAGAUGAGAGUGAUGUGGAAAGCAACACUUCCUCCUCCGAUUCAGCAGGAGACAGCGGAGAAGAUGAUGACAGUGAGAAGGAUGAGGAGAGUGAGGAAGAAGAUGAUGGCUGUGGAGAUGAAGGGAUGGAAGUCUUGCUAAAGGAGGGAGACAACAGCCCUCCUCCCGCUAGCUCACGGCCAAAGAAAGAGAUCAGCCAUAUUGCUGCUACUGCAGAGAGCCUGCAGCCUAAAGGCUACACUUUGGCUACUACAAAGGUCAAGACCCCCAUCCCAUUCCUGCUUCACGGCCAGCUACGAGAAUACCAGCACAUUGGACUCGACUGGCUGGUCACCAUGUACGAGAAAAAGCUCAAUGGCAUUCUGGCUGAUGAGAUGGGUCUGGGCAAGACCAUCCAGACCAUCGCUCUGCUGGCUCACCUCGCCUGUGAAAAAGGCAACUGGGGCCCUCACCUCAUCAUCGUCCCCACCAGUGUGAUGUUGAACUGGGAGAUGGAGCUGAAACGCUGGUGUCCUGGGUUUAAAAUCCUCACUUACUUUGGCAGCCAAAAGGAGAGAAAGCUAAAGAGACAGGGCUGGACGAAGCCAAACGCUUUCCAUGUGUGCAUCACUUCGUACAAGUUGGUGCUACAGGAUCACCAGGCGUUCCGGCGCAAGUCUUGGCGGUAUCUGAUUCUAGACGAGGCACAAAACAUCAAGAACUUCAAGUCUCAACGCUGGCAGAGCCUGCUGAACUUCAACAGCCACCGGCGACUGCUGCUGACAGGAACCCCCCUCCAGAACAGCCUGAUGGAGCUGUGGUCUCUGAUGCACUUCCUCAUGCCCCACGUCUUCCAGUCCCACCGCGAGUUCAAGGAGUGGUUCUCCAACCCGCUGACAGGGAUGAUCGAGGGCAGUCAGGAGUACAACGAGGGCCUGGUCAAGAGGCUCCACAAGGUGCUGAGGCCGUUCCUGCUCAGGAGGAUCAAGAUCGACGUGGAGAAGCAGAUGCCCAAAAAAUACGAACACGUGGUGCGCUGUCGCCUCUCCAAGAGGCAGCGGUUUCUCUACGACGACUUCAUGGCACAGGCCACGACCCGGGAGACGCUGGCAAGCGGUCACUUCAUGUCUGUGAUUAACAUCCUAAUGCAGCUCCGUAAAGUGUGCAACCACCCCAACCUGUUCGACCCUCGACCCAUCCAGUCUCCCUUCAUCACGAAGCCCAUUGUUUUCCAUACGGCCUCCCUGGUGCAGGACGCCCUGGAGGUCUCUCCUAUGAAGCGCUGCGACCUUUCUAUGUUUGACCUUGUUGGUUUGGAGAGUCGUGUGUCCCGGUACCAGGCAGAUGUCUUCCUGCCACGUCACAAAGUCAGCCGACAACUUAUCCAGGAGAUCGUGGAGUCCCCUGAACCCCCUCCGAGACCAAAACCAGUCCGCAUGAAGGUCAACAGGAUGUUCCAGCCACCUCCUAAAAGUGAUAAUCGAUCGGUUCUCCUGAUAAACAAACCUACCUGCUCAGUACCUCCUGCAGCACAGACCCCCAAACCUCCUCCGGUUACUGAAGUCACCUCGACUCCUGCACCUGCUCCUGUAGUUCAUCAAGUGGUGUGUUCAGUGGCGACCACAGCUGCCCCCCGCCCGGCCAUGCAUCCUACCGCUCAAACUGCAGUGAGAUCCAGCGCUCCGAAGCCAGUGCUGACCGUACGGCCUCCCACUGCCUCCUGCACAGGCAGCAUCCCGGUCCAUACGAGUCCAAACCCCGGCAACAUCCUGCCCCAGAGGGUCCUGCUCAGCCCAGAUAUGCAAGCUAGGCUGCCAUCUGGUGAGGUAGUGAGCAUCGCCCAGCUCGCCUCUCUGGCAGGGCGACCUGUGUCGUCGUGUCAGGGCAGUAAACCUGUCACCUUCCAGCUUCAGGGCAACAAGCUGACUCUGUCUGGAGCCCAGAUCCACCAAGUCCCAGCAGCUUCUCCACGCCCAGUUCAAGCUAAUGUGAUGCACCUGGUGUCCAGCGGGGUGCAGCACCACCUCAUCACCACGCCGGCCCAGGUGACGGUCACGAGCAGCACCUCUACUGCUCCACCUACCAAUCGGCUGCCUCACAACGUCUCAGCACAAGUGGUCCCCGCCAUGGUGAGCAGCCCCGGCGUCGUGAAGAUCGUCGUGCGUCAGACAGCAGGCAAGGACGGCGGGACCGUGCCCACCCUGGCAGUGGCCCCUUCCCCUCGUGUUGUUCCUCUGACAUCCCCCUCCCUGCACCCCCACGCCAUCACCACCCCUGUCAGAAGCACUGCUCCACUGCAAAUUGUCCAGCGCACCCCCGGUCCCGCCACUGUCCACUACACCAUAGCUCCUCCCGGAAACCCUAGCCCGACCCCGAACCAGCCCCACCCCCCUCGCCCUGUCCUCAAAGUAGUGCAGCCUCCUCCAUCGAGCGCAGAGCAGCCAGCUCCGGUUCCGGUGACCUCCUCGGCCUCUGCGUCCAAGUCUUCAGCAGCACCACGUGACAGCAGCAGCAGCAGCAGUCAAACACCAGUUACCACGAAGUCGAGACCCAGCACGGGCACAAAAGCCUUCCCUCCACCCAGGAGAGUACCUCGGCCUCCUCCUCGCUCUCCUUUCCAUGUGUCAUGGCUGGCAGACAGCCUUAAACAGCAGCGUGACAGCCGACUGGACUUCAUCAUAGGAGUCAACGAGAACCGCUGUGCGGCGAAGCCCAUGUACGGCCGGGAGGUAUUGGACUUCUUGACUUUUCUCCCUGGUCCCCGUCCCUCGCCGGCCGCCCUGAGCUCCAAGGGCGAGUGGGGCCGCUCGGGCCAUAGCAGCGCUCUGUUCGCUCAGUGGCAAGACAAGUACGACUACUGGUUUCAGAGUCGCGCUGUGAGGAAGGCCAUCCACAGCAUGGAUGACCGGCUGGAGCUGCUCAAUGAAAUGAUAGACCGGUUUACAUUUGCGAUUCCUCCAGUGGAGGCUCCUCCGAUCUCCAUGCACUGCUGCCAUCCUCCUCCCUCUCUGAGCCACCAGCAGGCCGUCUUCUCCUCCUUGCUGUCGACUCAAGUCACUCCGCUCACUCGCAGCCUCCAUCGUAUCCAGUGUUACAUGAGGACCCAGUUCCCGGACCUGAGGCUUAUACAGUACGAUUGUGGUAAGCUGCAGACUCUCCACACGUUACUGCGAAAGCUGAAGACGGGAGGCCACAGAGUGUUGAUCUUCACUCAGAUGACACGUAUGUUAGACGUGCUGGAGCAGUUCCUCAACUACCACGGACACAUCUACCUCCGUCUGGAUGGCAGCACCCGCGUGGAGAUGAGACAGUCCCUCAUGGAGCGCUUCAACGCAGAUCGGCGUAUUUUCUGCUUCAUCUUGUCAACUCGCAGCGGAGGCGUCGGGGUGAACCUGACCGGGGCCGACACAGUAGUAUUCUACGACAGCGACUGGAACCCCACCAUGGACGCUCAGGCGCAGGACCGCUGCCACCGAAUCGGCCAGACCAGAGACGUCCACAUCUACAGGCUGAUCAGCGAGCGAACGGUGGAGGAGAACAUUUUAAAGAAAGCCAAUCAGAAGAGGAUGCUGGGAGAUAUGGCGAUUGAAGGAGGAAACUUUACCACGGCCUUCUUCAAACAGCAAACCAUCCGAGACCUGUUUGAUAUGAAUGAAGGGGAGCGGAGGGAGGUGGCGGUGGAGCUAUCGGUGCCUCAAGCCGAGGAGGCUGAGGAGGCUGGCAACAAAACGAGUACCACCAUCCUGGAGCAGGCCCUGUGUCGUGCCGAGGACGAGGAGGACAUAGUAGCAGCCUCUCAGGCCAAAGCAGAGCAGGUGGCCGAGCUGGCGGAGUUCAACGAGAACAUACCGCUGGAUGAGGGAGGCGAACAAGAGGAGGUGGAGGAGCUCUCAAAGGCCGAGCAGGAAAUCGCUGCUCUGGUGGAGCAGCUCACUCCCAUUGAACGCUACGCCAUGAACUUCCUGGAAGCCUCAUUAGAAGACGUGUGCAAAGAGGAGCUGAAGCAGGCUGAGGAGCAAGUGGAGGCCGCCAGGAAGGGCCUGGACCAGGCCAAGGAGGAGGGCCUAAAGCUCCACGCUUCCUCCGAUGACGACGCUGAUGACUUUUUGUCGCCGCCAGCUUCUGUGGAGCCUCCUCAGCCAGCCCGCCGUGGCCGUAAACCCAAGGACAAGGACAAGAUUGUCACCUCUACGAGGACCAGUGGUCGUCUGCGUGGGGCCUCGCCCGAAGCCGAGCCCGACCCCACGCCCACAAGAGAAGUGCCUGAAAGACUCCGCUGUGGUCUGAGAGGACGAGGAGCUGCCAAAGACACCGUGUCUACCACCCCGUCCCGCACAGACCAGCAGAAAACCUCCUCAUCAACCAAGCUUCAAGAUUCCUCCAAAUCUUCAAAAGCCUCCUCUCCUGCCAGAGAUCACCAGACCAUCAAAACCAGGACUCUGCCAAACCGCUCCCAUUCCAGUCCAGUGCCUUCCCCUCCUACGACCUCUCCCCCUGGAGGGAAACAGCAGCAAGUUGGGGAGACUGACGGCAAGACCUCCAAAGCCUGCAAAGAGGAGAACGAGAGGAGGACGUCUGAGUCACCGCUAGAGUCCAGCUGCCCGGUGGACCAUCAGGCAAAAGAUGACGACCACAGCGCCAUGUCUCCCCCCUCCACCAGCUCCCGAUCGCCUCGCAAGCGCCAGUCAGCCGACGGUGAAGUCCUGCGGGGCCUGGUUGAAGACUCCCCUUCGGCCAAAGUCCUGCGGAAGCUUCCGGGGAGGCUGGUCACGGUGGUGGAGGAGAAGGAGCCGAAAAGGAGGAGGCGCCGAGGAAGCGGCACUGGAGGCGGAGCUUCUUCAGAGGAGGCGACCAUAGAGGAGAACACUGCCGAGGAACCAAACAAAGACAACGCAUCACCGAGCGCUGACAGCAAAACUAAAGGGACCGCUACCAAAUCUCCUCAGGACCAAGACUCUACUCCUAGUCCGUCUGUGAACCCGCCGCCUGUCAGAAGUUAUCCUCCAUAUUCCCCGCCCCACCAUUCUCCCGACAUGCCCGUGCUGAGAAAUCUUCCUGUGCGGCGCAGGUUGGAAACUGAAUCUCGCAUGGCUGCUCAGCUGGGAGAGCAGCAUCUGGGUCGAGGUAGAGGAGGGAACCAGUCCAGAAAGACUGACACGCCACCGGGCAAAGACACCACCUCUACAGAGUCCGGUGUGAAUUCUCUUGUGACACCUUUGAAAAGAAAGAGGGGCCGGCCCCCUAAGACUCCCCCGAGGUUAUCUGAUCAUGACAAAACAGGUGCCCCUCCCCCAAAGCCCACCUCAACAAAUGAGGCUGGGAACCCCCCUCAAUCCCCAAAACGCAAGAGGGGUCGCCCUCGCAAAGAACCCAUAACUACGCCAGAGACCGUCAGUGAAGGACAGAACUCUAAAAAGGAGACCACCACUCCUGGUGUAUCUGGUGUAUCAAAAACGGAUGCUAGCAUAAAGCCAACAGUCCAGCCUCCCCUGAAAGCUGCUGCUGUCACUACAAGUCAGGCCUCCCAGUCUAAAAAAGCGGAGGACACUAAGACUGAGGUUUCAGCCCCUGCUCCAAAUCCAGCUCAAGCCCCCAAAACAACACCAACACCAACGCCAACAACAACAAAACCACCACCAACAACAACAGAUAAAGCUUCCACACCAGUCGCAGCUUCAGUGCAAACACCCACUGCACCCCUUCCUUUGGUUGCCUCCACAUCCGCCUCAGUUGUUAGUUCAGCUCCGGCUACAGUUCCAAGCCCAGACGCAGCAUCCACCCAGGUGUCCUCCGCAUCCUCCGUAACACUUUCUAAGCCUGCUGUUAUCCCCAUCACCGCUACCCCCACUACCACAACUCCAUCGCCACCUGCCAACACUGUCACAUCAACUCGUACAGGUGUAAAACUUGUGGUUUCCACUGCUUCUAAAGCUCCCAUAGAGCCAAAACCUUCCGUUUCGACAACUGUGAAAACAACAACAGGACCUGCCAAAACCACCACAGUUGCCACACCAGCUGCUAGGACUCCUUCGACCGUGUCGUCUUCUGCUGCGGCCGUCAAAGCAGCUCCAGCGUCAGUCCCUGCCACGACGAUCACGACAGCUACUGACGUAAUAUCAAAAACAGUCAGCGUUGCACCAGCAGUCACCACUACAGUGAAAUCAGUCACAACUAAAACUACUGCUGGAAAGGACUUACCGCAAGCCUCCGCUCCUUCAUCGACAACAUCUACCCAAGCUGCUGUGACCUCCACCCCAGCUAUUAUAACCUCUGCUCUGUCAUCGACAACAUCUACCCCAGCUGCUGUAACGUCUAACCCAGCUGCUGUGACGUCUACCCCAGCUUCUGUAACGUCUACCCCAGCUGCUGUGACGUCUACUCCAGCUUCUGUAACGUCUACCCCAGCUGCUGUGACGUCUACCCCAGCUGCUGUGAUGUCUACCCCAGCUUCUGUAACGUCUACCCCAGCUGCUGUGACGUCUACCCCAGCUGCUGUGACGUCUACCCCAGCUUCUGUAACGUCUACCCCAGCUUCUGUGACGUCUACCCCAGCUUCUGUGACGUCUACCCCAGCUGCUGUGACGUCUACCCCAGCUUCUGUAACGUCUACCCCAGCUGCUGUGACGUCUACCCCAGCUUCUGUGACGUCUACCCCAGCUUCUGUGACGUCUACCCCAGCUGCUGUGUCGUCUACCCCAGCUGCUGUGACGUCUACCCCAGCUUCUGUGACGUCUACCCCAGCUGCUGUGACGUCUACCCCAGCUUCUGUGACGUCUACCCCAGCUUCUGUGAUGUCUACCCCAGCUUCUGUGACGUCUACCCCAGCUUCUGUGACGUCUACCCCAGCUGCUGUGACGUCUAACCCAGCUGCUGUGACCUCCACCCCAGCUAUUGUAACCUCUACUCUGUCAUCGACAACAUCUACCCCAGCUUCUGUAACGUCUACCCCAGUUUCUGUAACAUCUACCCCAGCUGUUGUGACCUCCACUGCAGCUAGUAUAACCUCUGCUGUGUCAUCUACAACAUCUACCCCAGCUGCUGUAACCUCCACCGCAGCUAUUAUAACCUCUGCUGUGUCAUCUACAACAUCUACCCCAGCUGCCGUAACAUCCACCCCAGCUGCCGUAAGAUCUACCCGUGCUGCUGUAACCUCCACCACAGCUAUUGUAACCUCUGCUGUGUCAUCUACAACAUCUACUGCAGUUGCUGUAACCUCCGCCACAGCUAUUAUAACCUCCGCUCUGUCAUCUACAUGUACCCCAGCUGCCGUAACCUCCACCCCAGCUGCUGUAACCUCUACAGCAGCUAUUAUAACCUCUGCAAUGUCAUCUACGUCUACCCCAGCUGCCGUAACAUCCAUCCCAGCUGCUGUAACCUCCACCCCAGCUGCUGUAACCUCCACCCCAGCUGCUGUAAACUCCACCCCUGCUAUUGUAACCUCUUCUCCAGCUGCCACCCAAAAGGUUUCAGCUACAGCUUCACCAAAACCAACCUCAACAUCUUCCCCCGCUACAGCAACAACUGUGACAACCACAGUAAAAACAGUCCUAGCUAGUCCAUCGAGCGCAGUUCCCACCGCAAGUUCAACCACAUCUGCUUCUGCAACACCGUCCGUAACAACGGUCUCAUCAUCUGCUGCAAACACAUCUCCUCCGGCCCGAGCAAGGACUAACGUGACAACUACCAAAGUCGCCACCAAAUCAGUCUCAACUUCGCCACCAACAACAACAACAGUUAAAGUGGCUAAACAGGCAACCGUUGUUCCAGUGGCUGGCACCUCCUCAGCAAAAACUCCAGCUGCACCAACCCCAACCUGCACUCCUUCCCCAUCUACAACAUCUGCCAGUGUGACCACCACAGCCCAGGCAAAGACAGUUACAGUAACUACAACAGAGGGAGUCCAAGUAGUGACGCCUGUAGCAGCAGCAGCAGCCCCUUCCAAAGAACACACAACUACCCCGGCCACAACUGCAGAAAAGACUGUCAAUAUCUCACCCCCAGUAACAACUUCCACAGGUGCUACACCAGCUCCAUCACCAACCGCAUCAUCCCCAGAAAGGUCCAUUACAGUUGCGACCACAAACGUUGUCACAACUACCCAAGUAUCCAUUACCACAGCCACCCCUGUGUCAACAGUAGCAGCUACCACAGCUGCCACAACCAGAACAGUUCCUCCUGUGUCCACCACACAAAGCUCUGUGUCCACUGAUGUGUCCAAACCAGCCCAGACAGAAUCCCCGCCCCGGGUACCCACGUCUGCUUCCUCUAGUGUUUCAUCCGAGAAACAAUCUAUAGAGCCAACGCAGAAAGUGUCUGCACCUAAAAGUGACCCGGACAGGGUGACAGAAAUGGAAGUAGAUGCCGUGGAGGCUGGCGCAAGGACUAGCAAGGAGGAGGACGAGAAGAAGGAGGACGUCUGUAAGCCUAAAAGGAGAAAGGUGGAGAGUUCCUCUGAGACCAAAGAGUCGGGAAGGGAAGAAGCACAGCCUGCCCCUCAGAAAGAAGAACGUAAGCAAGAGGCGGCGGAGCCAACUCCAAUCCAGAAAAGGCCUCUUAGUCGCCAGAGUAGCCAGGACUCUGCUCGAUCCUCUUCGUCAUCAUCUGGGUGCUCUACAUCAACCCUCACACGCCACGCUCACCACAAGAGGACUUACGAGAACAGACAUCCUGCCAAGAAGAUGCGAAUGGACGACAACUCAGAAACGGGAGAGGAGGAGAAGAACGAAGAGGGCGGGGAGAAGGAAGAGGAAGAAGGCGCUACCUCUCGGGGAAGGCGGUCCAGGUCUUCCUCUUCAUCCUCGGACUCGGACAACAGUGAGAGCAGGAAGGAGCGCCGGUUGACUCGCUCGGCAAAGCACGGGCUAAAAGAUGAGGAGAGGAAAAAGGGCAACGCCCGGCAAGGAAAGAAACCCGCGCGCAGCUCUGACAAAAACGCAUCAAACAACGCCAACGCAUCCACGGGUGGAGAGUCGGGCAGUGAUACGUCUUCUGUUAGGAUCCACAGGAAGUCUGCAGGAUCUCAGCCGUCACAAGAGCGUAAAGCUCAGACAAACAGCGCGCCCCCUUUGCCUCCUGAGCCCGAGGUUCUGGGGAAGAGGUGCUCGGCGCUCAAUGCGGCAGCCAAACUCCUCGCAAUGAAAGGCAGGGUGGAUACUCCCGGUCACACCACCCGGAGAGACUCUGGGGCGAAGGCUGCUGGGACUUCCCCUGCCUCUUCUUCUGACAAGAACCAAAAGUCUAAAAGCAAAAGUGUCCCUGCCUCGCCUCAGAGUAACUCUGUAACUCUUACUAAUAAUAAAAGCAGCGGCAGCAAACCCUCAACGCCCAAUCAGACCAGCCGCCCUGCUUCCCGCUCCACCAGACAGUGCCCCGGUCCUCUGGUUCCACCCCUGGAAGUGGAGGUGGAGUACAAGAGGUCUAAACCAGAGGACAAGGAGAGGGGGAGCAGGAAGUCGUCAAGGGGAAAGGAAGGCGAGGCCGAGGCGCAGUCUUCGUCCCGGGGUCACAGCGCCUGCAGCAGCAUGAGCAGCGACGGCGAGGGCAACGGGCGCGGCCGCAGCAGCAGAAGCCGCAGCAGCAGCAGCAACAGCAACAGCAGCCAACGCACCCACAGCAUCAGCUCUCAAUACACCGAGCACAGAGAGUCCCGCGCCGCUUCCUCCGGCAGCGAGCGGGAUCGCAGCUCGGAAGGUAGUAGAGACAAAAGACACACGCGGGGACAGCGCCGGGAGAGCCGGAGGUCUCAAAAACACUCGCAGGAGGUGACCGGCGGUUCGGGAACGGAGGGGACGCCGGACAGGGUGCUGCGCAGCGUCGCGGCACUCGCGGCGGUGCAGGCCCGGUCGCCGGCCUUGAGUACCCGCUCCUCUUCUGGUCAACACCGUCACCACAAGACAUGAUCAGAGUGCCAAAGGGGGAGAAAAAAAAAAUGGAAGCGAGAGUGCCGUCGCAGAGCAUGUCACGACCUCCAAGGUUGCUGCUUUGUGUGCACUCUGAUGAAUGCAAAGGGAACGGAGUGCCGCACAAGCCAGGGACCUCACUGCCUCUUGGGCCCUCUCCCUUUCCAAUUGGAGCUGGUCCUCUCACCAGAUCAGCCAUUGUCAGCUGGGGGGGGAAGGCUCAGGGACGCCGGACUGAGAGUGAGAAAAAAAAAAAUGUGGCGCCAAUCGUCACGCGUCCGUAAACAGACGGGAGAGAGACGGUGCGGUGGAUAAAUCCACCGCUGGGACUUGAGGGGGGACAAAGGUGCAAGAGGUUAUAAAGGCAAGUUGUUAGUUCACAUUAUGUACUGUAAUCAUUUAAGACUGGAACACUCAGAUCUUCUGUGUUAACAUGGGAUUAUACAGCGCCCUCUAUUAGGGUCAUUAAUGAAAAGUCAUUUGUGUGACAUUAAAAACUUAUGAGUGACCAGUUGUAUUGUAAGUUGGAGGUUUUAGAGAGUUUGGUUUUUGAAAAAUUUCGUCAGCUGUCCUGACUAUUGUUUCUUUGUAGUCAGUUGAUAAGUUAUAUGCAUAUUUUAUUAUUUCUUCCAGGGUAUUAGGAAGAGACCAGAUCUGUCAAUGUGAUCUUUGCUGCACUAUGCUGGAGCUUGUCUUUGCUUGGGCCCCCUUUUCUUUUUUGUUUUUUUUUAUUUGUCAUGUCUGUUCAUUGGAUUCAUUUUUAAAUCCAGCCUUGCAUUUCUCAUUUGCACAUCUGAUAUUGUGGCCCCUCGGCUUUUUUGAGUACAUUGUGGUGUAGUAAUAAGUUUUUACAUCAACUUCAGUCGAUUAAUUGGUUCCUGGUACCUCACGAUGUAUCUCUGAAAAUGUAUUAAUUGAAGUUGUGCUCCUGAGACCACACACCUGGAGCAGCAGAAGAAAUCUCUUUUUUCCUAAUCGUCCCAAAGGCAGUUAAUAGUCCACUUUGUCAUGUAUUUAUAUGGAAAAGGGCAAGUACAUGUUGAAAUUAAAGAGUGCCUCUUUGGCCAAAUGGGUUUGAACCUCAGAUUGCCUUGUGACGCACCUGAAGCAGGGGUGUUGAGCUUCUCUCGUUAUUUAAAAAAAAAGCCAAACUAAAAAAAAAAACCCUAGAGAACAUCAAGUAAAGCACCCUGUGCAUCAGUGCUACCAAAUUAAUGUUUUAUUUUUUGAUUAUUUUUUUUUGUCACCAUCACUUCUUCAUGUAAAAAAAAAAAAAAUUACUUGGACAAAAUAUGUGAAUAAAAUUUACUGGUACAGUUCCAGAUGACUGUAAAUUGUCGAUUUACUUUUGAAGCUAUUUUGAGCAGAGGUGAUAUUUGGGUGGGGGGUGGGAAGGGGUUCGGGUCGGGCGGGUAGUUUAUGGUGAUGGUCUUAUUUUUGAUUUGUCUCUCUCUCUUCAUUUGUUGCAUUCCUUUUGAUCCCUUGUAAUUCCACAUUGUUUUACUUGAACAAUUAAGACAAUUACAGUUGAAUAAAAAGACCAAAAAUUA